GAUUGAGAAAUCUCAUCCUUUUGGCUGUAGAGCUAAGGAACAACAAAAUCUGGAAUUUCGAUCAAGUUCGUUCAUUUUCUAGUUUAUCAUCAAAAACCCCACAACUAGCCAAGAAUAGUACUAUAAUAGAAGCCAAUUAAUGACGAAAAUUUGCACUCUUUUAAUCUUUUCCACCCAGUUUUUUUAAUCUUCUGCGCCAUACCCAUCACAUUGGUUCUGUGAUUACCGAUUCAAAAAAGGUUUUGUGAAAAUGGGAAUUACCAAAACAGAAGUGAACUUGAGGAGGUUGCUUGCAGCUGCACCUAAGCAACAAAACCAGGCAAAACUCGUGCAUUAUGUUGCCACUCUACGAGAACUCUUAGAACAACUUGCUGAUGAACGAACACCAGAAGGCUUACCAAGAGUAUCAAAGGCUGUGGUGAGUGAUUAUUCUGAGAAGAUUGAAGCUAUUGCUUCCAAAUUAACUUCCAUGAUGACUGAUACACAAGAACCCAAGGAGUCAUUUGCUGGAAUAUCUGUUAAAGUAAGCUCUUCUAAAAUGGAAGAAGAAAGUCACAUUCCUCCUUCUCCAGGACUGAGAAGGAGAGCCGUGCCUGCAUCAAGCAUUGAAGAUAGAACACAUGAAACUAUUGAGGAUGAUUCAUCAGCACCUGUUAAACUGGAUGCGGCAGCACAUGCACAUAUAGAAAAGCACAGAAAGUUGCAAGAGGACUUGACUGAUGAAAUGGUUGGGUUGGCAAGACAACUCAAAGAGAGUAGUCUGGUGAUGAGCCGCUCUUUGCAAGACACUGAAAAAAUACUGGAUUCUACAGAGGAGGCUGUUGAACAUAGCCUGGCAAGGACUAGCCACGCAAAUUCACGGGCUACAGAAGUAUACUCCAAGACUUCAAAAACGACAUGUUUCACUUGGCUUGUGAUCUUUUUGAUGACUUGUAUAUUCAUAAUGGUUGUUCUUCUAAUUCGUGUUACUUAAUUUUUUGUACAACUUAAAGAUUUUUUGUUUCAGUUUAGUAUAGUUUUUUUGUUUCA